AUGGCUCCUCCUCCUCGCCCUCUCCCGGAAGGCGGCUUCAAGUUCACCCACGAGCCUUCGGUCGCCGCCCUCAACAUCCCAGCCAAAUCAUUCAUCGCAGCACGUUCGCUCAUCUCGGGCGCAGCCACCGGUGCUCUCGUCUUCUCCCGAGCCACUGGGGAGGAUCGCGUCCUUCUCAUCCAGCGGGCGGCGCACGACUCGAUGCCUCUGCGCUGGGAAGUUCCCGGCGGCGCGUGUGAUGAAGCGGACGAGACCUUGCUUCAUGGCCUAGCAAGGGAGCUGUGGGAGGAGGCUGGGUUGAGGUUGAAGAGGGUGGUGAGGCAGGUCGGCGAUGAGCAGGUGUUUCUGACAAGCAGAGGUCUCGUUGUGGCAAAGGUCACCUUCGAAGUUGACGUAGAGACCUCAGAACCUCGUGCGCCCGAGAUGGCCUCAGAAACGGCGGCACUCCCCGAGGUCACGCUCGAUCCGCACGAACAUAUGCGUCUCAACAAAGAUGCGAUGGCCACGCCACCGGGGACCUUUGAAGCCCUUUUCGACUCUUCCCAACCCUUCAAAGGUGUCGUAGUCUGCUGCACAAGCGUACCCACCGAACUCAGAGCAGACAUUGCAGCCAAAACGGCCGAGCUCGGCGGCCAGCACAAAUACGACCUGACGCCCGACUGCACCCAUCUGAUCGUUGGCGACUACGACACCCCAAAGUAUCGCCAUGUCGCCAAGGAACGACCGGAUGUCAGGGUCAUGGCCGCCGGCUGGGUCGAAGCCGUCCGUAAUAUCUGGGUGGAGGACGCCGAGAUCGACUUCUUCGCGCUUGAGAAGGAGUGGCAGCUGCGCACCUUUGAGACGGGUGGCGGAGAACACACCGCUGACGGUUCCGAGCCCCAGCGCCGGCGGCUUCUCUGUUGCAUGACUGGCUUCGAGGACCCGGACGAGCGCCAGCGGAUCAUUGACAAGAUCGAAGCUAACGGAGGUCUCUAUACCGGAGACCUUACGAAGCGAGUCACACAUCUCAUCGUCCACAAACCCGAAGGUCGAAAGUACCACGCCGCAAAAGCCUGGGGAAUCACAACAGUCUCUGUUGAAUGGGUCCACGACAGCGUCGAGCGUGGUCUGAUCCUGGACGAGAAGCUCUAUGACCCUGUCUUGCCCCGGGAGGAGAGGGGAGUAGGCGCGUGGAACAAGCAGAGGGCGAGGAUCUCGUCACUCGGCAAGCGCCUCAGGGAGAACAAUGCGGCGCGAGAGGAAGGACAGAGGAAGUUGCGCAAGACGGCCAGCAUGAAGCUAAACAGCCAACGGGACAACCUGUGGGGAGAUAUUCUGGGCAAGCCGCAGGCCUCGGGGGCUGCGCCCGCCGCGGGCCCCCAGCAGACGGUGGUACAACCGGCCGCUCCACAGCCCGCUGCCAUAAAACAGCUUACACAUCCCGCACAGCCGACACAGCCCACACAGCCCACACAGCUCACACAGCCCACGCAACCGGCAGGCGGAAAGUCAGUCAAUACCCAGGGGUCCAAGCUCUCAUCCUUUGGCGUCCCUGAAGACGGAGCCGUCUUUGCGUCUUCCUGCUUUUACGUACACGGCUUCUCGGCGCAAAAGACUGAAAUUCUGGUCAACACGGUCGCAUCACUCGGCGGUUUAAUCUGCCAUUCCCUCGACGAGGUUGUAUCCAUGUCUGGCGCCCAGCUAGCUCAUCGCUUCCUCAUCGUGCCGCAAACCUCCGCACCAGAGACUCACCCCGCCCUCCCCAACAAUGUCUACAUCAUCACCGAGUUCUACAUCGAGAGGUGCAUGCACAAAAAGUACUUCUUCAACCCCUCUCAGCAUGUCAUCGGCCGGCCCUUUCCGCGGUUCCCAAUUCCGGGCUUCGAAGAUUUGGUGAUCUGCACCGCUGGAUUUACGGGCGUCGAUCUGAACCAGGUGGACAAGUCCAUCCGGCAACUAGGAGCCAAGUACGAGGAAAGGUUUACCGCAAACGUUUCUCUGCUGCUCUGUGCGUCCUUGGCCGUGGUUCGAAAGCAGAAGCUGGAGCUAGCAUUGGCAUGGAAAGUUCCUGUUGUCCGUGCCGAUUGGCUAUGGGAAUCUAUUGCCAGCGGCACCAAUCUCUCAAUCAAGCAGUUCAUGUUUCCAGAGUUGAAGCAGCAUGUGGACAGUCCGAAGGUGCUUGCGCAGGCUCAGGAGAAGAGCCAAGGCAAAAGCAACACCAAAAGUAGGCAGGAGAAGCCGUCGAGCAGGGAUGGGAUUGACAAAGAUCUACUCCCGAAGCCAUCAACCAAGCCGGGGCAAUCUCGCGAUCUGGAUGAGUCGGCCUUCGUGACGGCGAGGGAAAACCCGCAAGGGGGACCAAACCAACGCCCCAAGGAGCCUCCAACGGCUGAACAUGAUUCAAGUGUCACAACCACGGCACACUUCGAGACAGCGCCUACCCACGCAUGCCCGACAGAUAAUGCCAGCAUCAGCUUUGGCAACAAGACGCUCCCGUCCGGUGCGCCGCUCUCCGAAACCUCCUCUAACUCCCUCAACAGAGCCCCUAUCAGCCCGCGGAAGCCGGGGGGUCCCGCAGCUCGCAAGCCGAUAAGCAGGGUAACAAGUGAAGUUGCAGAUUCCGAAGCCACAGAUGGGGACAUUGGUCAACCGGAUGACCUUCCGGCCCAGGACGACGAAGAGAACACGCAGAAGCCUGCAGAACAACAGCCGGAGCAUCCUGAACCUGGAGCAGAAGAGAAACUCCUCGAGGCCGAAGAAGCAGCCGCCGAACGCCUCGCCAUCUCCACCAAACUUGUCACGUCACUACUAGAUUCAGCCACCGCCGUUCCCGGCUCGGCCGCCGCACCCCUUCCCAGGCCCGACGGCAGCAGCGACGAGACACCAGGGGACUUGGGAAUCCUGGCAAAGCCGAAGCGUCGUAAACGAAACAUCCUCGGCCGCGCCAUCAGCAACGUCUCGGCCGCCAGCAGCACCAGCAACGGCGACACUCCCACCCCCGGCGCGGCCGCGGGUGGUGUUGCAACCUCGACCACGGCCGCUGCUAGGGUCGACCCAGGAGACGCACCACCCGCUCCCACGCAGCUCGAGUAUGAGGACCCCGAGGCAAAGCGAUACAAGGAGCAGCUGAUGAGCAAGAUGAUGGGCAGACACGGGGCGGGAUCGGCGCCGGUUCCUGCUGCGAAACAGGAGAAGCUGACGCUUUCCGAGAUGGGCGGCUAUGGAAUGAUGCAGCAGCAGGGGCUGUAUGAUGCUGCUGCCGGGGGACAGAGGAGGACGAGACGGCGUUGA